AAAUUUUUUAUCAAUGGAUAUGGCUUAGAAAAGUUUCAUACAAGAUAAACUCAUCGGUCAUGGUGCAGAGUAUCGCAAGAUCUGCCGUCUAGCCAUGGCAGAAACCAAGGUGGAGUCUGGGUGCUACAAAUUCCUUUGCAAACAUAGCAUCCCAAAAUUCUACAAGAAGAAGACACAAUCCGUCCCAUUGCCGGAAGAAAAAUUAGCCUCAGGCGGUCCAAAUUCUCGUAAGACCACUAGAUCAUCAACGAGUCUUCAUGGCCACCCCAUCGAUCCAAACGACAGACGAGACCUGCCAACCGUCGUCAACAUUCCGGUGAUGGCUCUGGGCGUAGAGCCCCGGUUGAAGGAGCUGGAGACCUACCUGAAUGACCCAAGAGCUCACAUAAUCGGCAUAUCGGGCCCGGCCGGAGUUGGCAAGACAACUCUCAUGAAAGCAUUCAACAACACCUUCGGCAGCAGCAACCAUAGCUUAUUUGACGUGGUCAUCUUUGCCUCGGCUUCCCUCGGCUCCGACGUGGGGCGGCUACAGGUGGCCAUGGCAAAGAGACUGGGCUUGCCAUGGCAGGAGAGUGUGAGAAAAGAGCGAAGAGCUGCACGCAUAUCGCUCGCACUCGAGAAGAAGAGAUAUUUGCUCAUGCUGGAUGAUAUCUGGAGUAGUUUGGAUCUCGACGAGGUCGGGAUUCCCCUCCCUGAUGACGGAAACAAGUGCAAGGUGCUCUUCACCACGAGAUACGAACAAAUUUGCAGAGAUAUGGGUGCUAGUUUGACUAUAAAGGUGGAUCCUAUGGAGCCAGAGGUGGCAUGGCAGCUAUUCCAGGGAUUUGCCGGCGAGGCGGCCUCGAGUCCUGAAAUAAUGGAUGUGGCCCGGGAUGUAGCCUGUGAGUGCGAUGGCUUGCCGCUUGGGCUGAUGACGGUCGGACGUUCCAUGGCUACGGUGACGAGCAGAGAGGAGUGGAUAGAAGGGCUGGCAAUGUUGAAGCAAUCAAAGGAGGAGUUCCAACAAGGGAAGCAUAAGAAUUUUCCAGGUAUGGAACCAGUGCUCUUCCACUUUGACUACAGUCACAAAAGACUAGCCUCAAAGGAAUUGAGAGAUUGCAUCGCCUAUUGUUCCCUCUUCCCUAAAAACCAUUCCAUCAAGAAGAAAGAACUUGUUAGCUACUGGCUGGGAGAAGGAUUGUUGGAUGACUCCGGUGGCACGGACAGAGCCUGUCGGCAGGCGGAGGACUAUAUGGAGGAGUUGAAGGCCAUGGGGAUGUUGAAGGAUGGUGACAAACCUGAUUUGGAGGUGAUGAUGCAUGACAUACUUCGCGAACUGAUCUUGGACAUAAAGAAGAAUGAGUUUCUGGUUCAAGAAGGGAUUGGGCUGACAAAUGUUUCUAAGGUGCAGAAUACUGCAGAGGCUGAGAAAUUAUCUCUGAUGUACAACUACAUCGAUGACCUUGGUGGAGUAGCAAGCAGCCCCAAGCUUAAAACACUCAUAGUCAAACAGAACGUUCACUUGAAAAAGCUAGCAGAUGAUUCAUUCAAAGCUGCAACAGCUCUCAGGCUGGUGGAUUUCUCAUACACGGGCAUGAAAGCAAUCCCAAUUGGCAUCGACCGAUUGGUCCAAUUGAGGCAUCUUGAUCUAUCAUUCACCAAGAUCAAGUCACUCCCCAAAGAGAUUGGUGAGCUGGUGAAUUUGAUGCAGCUGCUUCUCGAGGGAACGAAUAAGCUCUCAGUGAUUCAUGAAAACGUGAUAUCCAAGCUCUCCAAGUUGGUAGUGCUGAAUAUGAAUGGAAGCUACGGGGAUUGGGAAGUAGAAGACACAGCAGGUGGCGUCAAGAGAGGUGGAGUGAGCAUUGAGGAUCUUGAGUGUUUGAAACGACUGAGCGAUCUUGGAAUCACCAUUUGCAACACCAUGGCAUGGGAAAGGUUCUUGAGAUCCCAUACGCUGUCUAAAUGCACUGGCCUGUUGACUCUGAAGGGCUGCAGAGAUAUGAGUUCUGUGCGCCUGUCUUCGAACCUUGAGAACCUGAGAGAAGUCACCAUCUCUGACUGCAUCUCCCUAAAAGAGCUCAAGAUUGGUGGUUCUGGCGAAGAGGCGGAUGAAGGAACUUGGCAGCUCUCGCGCCUCGAGGUUCUCCGCCUCAAGGCGCUCUAUCAAGCAGAGAUCCUCUGGUUCGGAGCAAUUACUCCCAACUGCCUUCCAAUGCUUCGCAAGCUAGACAUAAGCUUCUGCCAUCGACUGAAAGAUAUCAGUUGGAUUCUACUACUCGAGCAUGUAGAGCAUAUAAACAUAGAUACCUGCAAGCAAAUGGAGGAGAUGAUAGGUGGAAAAAGAGGUGUUCAUGUGCCUAACCAUCUGCCAAGGUUGAAGACCCUCGCACUCCGAAACCUGCCAAAAUUAAAGAGCCUUUGUGAUCACCCACUAUCUGUUCCUUCACUGGAGUAUAUCAAGGUGUUGCAGUGCCCCCAAAUGACUCUGCCACAUUUAACCGGUGGUUCCAUUCCAGGGGUCAUUCAUGGCGAGAAAGAAUGGUGGAAUACUUUAGAUCGGAAGACCAGUGCGCAAGAAUUUAGUUCAUUCUGGUUUUUCCAAGUAGCAGAGUGAAGAGGCAGAUUAUCUGUGCUUGCUUUUGGAGAAAAAAGUAAUUAUAUGUGCUCGUUAGCUUUCUCCUCCUCCUCCUCUCUCUUCUUUUUCUUACCAAAUAUCGCUUCGCAUGAUGUUUUGUCAGUAGAAUUGUGUGUUGUUCUUACUUCCUGUAACUUUUGUUCUUCAAGAAGAAGAAUCAAUUGUGCGACAUGGAAACUAUAAUCAGUCCAAGAAGCCUUGCUG